AUGCCAGAACAGCCAACAGAUUAUCGUGUAGCUGUAUAUGGUUCAGGAGGAGUUGGUAAAACAUCACUUGUACUUCGAUUUGUACGUGGAACAUUCCGUGAGACAUAUAUUCCAACCAUAGAAGAUACAUACAGACAGGUAAUCAGCUGUAAUCGGCAAGUAUGCACAUUACAAAUUACUGAUACUACUGGUAGUCAUCAAUUUCCAGCUAUGCAACGAUUGAGUAUUAAUAAAGCACAUGCAUUUAUCCUUGUAUAUUCCAUAACUAACAAAGCUUCAUUUGAUGAAUUACAACCAUUGUAUACUGAAUUAGCAUUAAUUAAAAUGGAUGAAUUACCAAAAAUACCAAUUAUGCUUGUUGGUAAUAAAAUCGAUGAAAAUGAUAAUCGAGAAGUUAGUCCAGCACAUGGUAAAGCAUUAGCACAAAAAUGGAAAUGUGGUUUUAUGGAAACAUCAGCUAAAUCAAAUUUAAAUGUGAAAGAAGUUUUUCAAGAAUUAUUAAAAAUGGAAACACGACGUAAUAUGACAUUAGUAGGUGAAAUAAAAUCACAUUCACGUUUUGUAUCAUUUUUUAAACGUCGUUCAAAUGAUACACAUACUAAUAAUACAAUUGGUGUUGUAAACACUGGUAUUAAUAAUACUAAUGGUACAAAUUUUAAUAAUUCUACAUCAAUUAUUGAUGCAUUAGAUAUGCCUAGACAAAUAAAUACAAUACAAGAACAAUCUAUUGCUAGUACAUCAAAAGAUACUAAAACUUCAUCAAAAUUAAAACGAUUUUUAAGCAUUAAAACUUAUUCUGAAUCAAUGAGAACAAUGAAAAAAGAUAAGAAUGAUGAUAUUGCAUAA